AUGGACCUCAGCCUCAAGUCGCCAUACCUUCAAGACGUCUCGACCCCUGAAAAAUGGCUCGCCCACAAAGUCCACGAAGCAACCACCACCCCAAACACUAGUAGCAUCGACGACCUGAACCCAAGCCUCGCCAACCUCCGCAACAUAGUCCAAAACGACCCAUCCCUCACCGCACUAGCAGACAAAAUGUUCACCCAAGCCGCCGCCCUCCGCCCCCGCGACCCAACAGAACAACCCGCCAUCCAAACCUUUCGCCAAUUCCUACAGGUCGUCAACGUCAUCAUGCGCUCCGGGCCGCAGUUCUUCGACAGGCCAGGCAAUGAGGACGCCAUGGGCUUCGUGGCGGCGCCGAUGAACGCGCUGCUGAAUUGGCCGAUGGGUACGGCGGCCGGGUAUGAGUUCUUUCGGAGGCGGGAGGUGAAUGAGGCGAUGGGGUGCGUGUUGGGUGCUUGGGGCGGGUUUCUUGCUUCGAGGGCGUCGAGGGGGUGUUUGAGGGGGUGGGUUUCUGCUUCUGGGCAGGUUGUGAUGGCGGAGAGGGCUAAUGCAGCGGUGGGGGAGGGUGAGGAGAGGAAGGGGUUGGGGUUUCAGGAGUUGUUUGUUUGUCCUGAUGCCGAGGAUACGGAGACUCUUGGUUUCGAGUCGUGGGAUGCAUUUUUUGUGAGGCGGUUUCGGGAGGGGGUUCGGCCUGUUGAGUUCCCUGAUGACGAGGACGCGGACCAUGACGACGAGAAACCGUUCAGCGUGAACGGCGGCAGCAGCAGCAACAGCCUUGGCAUCGAAGUCGACGACAAUACCUCAGUCAUCGUCAACGCGUGCGAAUCGGCGCCGCUGCAAGUCGUAUCCAACAUCGCUCUCCGCGCCGACGUCACGCUUAAGGGCCAGCCAUACUCCCUCGUCGACAUGCUCAACGGCAACCCUCUUGCGCCGCAGUUCGUCGGUGGGACAGUCUACCAGGCCUACCUGAGCGCCUUCAGCUACCACCGCUGGCACGCGCCCGUGAGCGGGCGGAUCGUCGAGGUCGAGAUGAUUCCGGGGACGUACUUUAGCGUGAAUCGGUACCAGGGCUUAGCCAUGACUGGGGGCGAUGGUGCUGAUGAUGGUGACGCGGAUCCGCAAGCGCCGUGUACGUCGCAGGCGUAUACCGCCUCCGUGGCGACGCGGGCGGUGGUGUAUAUCCAGGCGCCGAAUCCGAGGAUCGGGAUGAUGGCGAUUGUGUUUGUGGGUAUGACGGAGGUGUCUAGCUGCGAGGUGACUGUCCGGGUUGGAGAGGAUGUGGUGAAGGGGCAGGAGAUUGGGAUGUUUCAUUUUGGGGGGAGUUCGCAUUGUUUGGUGUUCCGGCCGGGUGUUGAGUUGAGGUUUGUUGGGAACCGGCCUCCUUGGGCUAUGGGCCACGAGGCGAACAAUAGGGUUAAAAGUGCUCUCGCCGUGGUUGGAUGA